AUGAAUCGUCCAACGGUUGAGGUGCCUUCGUCAAGCACACAAGAACGUGACUUCAAUACCAUCGUUACCAAUCUUGCCAAUCAAGACACGGUGCCAUGGUAUCGUAAACCAAAUCUACGCAGUCUCUAUUUUAUGCUUAUACCGACAUGCAUGGGUAUUCAAAUGACCUCUGGCUUCCAUUCACAGAUGGUCAAUGCUAUGCAGAUAUUACCGUCAUGGAUCAGUUAUUUUGAUAACCCUCAAGGAUCUCUCAAGGGUAUUAUUGCAGCCGCCUAUCCUUUAGGUGCGAUUCUUUCGCUUCCCUUGAUACCCAUCAUUAAUGAUCGGCUCGGGAGACGUUGGUCCAUCUUCAUUGGGUCAUUCAUUAUGGUCAUUGCGUCUUUAGUACAAGGGUUUGCCAAUUCAGCUGGUUCUUAUAUCGCUGCUCGCUUAAUUCUUGGUUUCGGCAUUCCUCCUUGUUUGGUAUCAGGCUCCUCACUGAUUGGAGAAUUGGGAUAUCCAAACGAGCGAGCAGUCUUAACGUCACUUUUCAGUGUUUCUUAUUUCUUUGGUCAGAUUACUGCGGCCAGUAUAUGCUUCGGCACCAAUGACAUCUCGAGCAAUUGGGGCUGGCGUAUUCCAUCUCUCCUUCAAAUUGCGCCCCCAAUGCUCCAGCUAUGCUUUGUCUUCUUCGUUCCUGAAAGUCCCAGGUGGCUUGUUGCUAGGGACCGGAGUCAAGAAGCGAUGGAGACGCUGGUAAAAUAUCAUGCCGAGGGCCGGGAAUCCGGAUUCGUCAAGGCUGAGUUAGCACAGAUUCAAUCAACAUUACGCAUUGAGAUGCGGAAUACCAAGAGGUCAUGGCUUGACCUUGGAGCAACUGCCGGCAUGCGAAAACGUUUGUUGACUACCUGCAUGCUAGGUCUAUUUACGCAGUGGUCUGGGUCGACCCUGAUCUCAUACUACCUUGGUGACCUGUUACAGAUCAUUGGGAAGGACUCUUCCCAUUUCAAGCAGACUAUCAACGUCAGCCUAUCCUGCUGGAGUCUUGUAUGCUCUUUCACAGCAUCUAUGCUUGUUCGUCGCUUUAAGCGACGACACAUGUAUCUAGCCUGUACAGCUAGUCUGCUCGUCGUCUUCUCUAGUUACACAGUUAGCAUGGAGAGGGCAAUCACAGCAAAGGAGUCUGGGAAGGCAAACGAUGCUGCCGGUACGGCUAGCAUUUUUCUAUUGUUUGCAUAUUCUCCCGCCUACUGCCUCGCGCUCAAUACGGUCACCUAUACGUAUUUGGUUGAGAUCUGGCCCUACGCUGAACGAUCCCGUGGCAUAGCCAUUUUCCAACUCUUUUCGCGCUGUGCGGAGUUCUUUACUACCUUUGUCAAUCCUAUCGGGCUUGCGAACAUAAGUUGGCGCUAUUUUAUCACCUAUUGCUGCUUUCUCGCUUUCGAAGUUGUUUUUGUGUACUUUUGCUUUCCGGAAACAUCUGGCAGAACCCUUGAAGAGGCAACAUUCUUAUUUGAGGACGAGAAGUCAUCGGCUGAAAAGGCCAUACUUGAAGUCGAAAAUUCAACUGCUACUGAACUUGUGCUGCGAGACUCUGUUGAGCGUAGGGGAGAAGGAUCUGAGAUUAGAGGCUCAGCCAAUGGUCGUUUCGACUUGGCGACGGGCAAGGUCGGUGAUGUCUUCCUCUUACAUCCAUCCCUGAUCCACUCCACCACACGAAAUGAGAAGCGACUGUUUCGCGCCAUCACAAACUCCAAGACGAGCUUGAAGGAACCUUAUCGUCUUCACCGUGCAGACGGUAACUACAGCGUUCUCGAGCAGAGCAUUAGGUACGGAUUGAUGGAGACGGGUGUGACAGAGAACGAUUUAAUAAAGUGGCAUAUCAUCGCCCUUCGGGAAGGGUUCAAGCCGGGUCUCAUUGAUAGAAAAGCCUCAACAAAGGCUGACGUGACACCUAUCAGUCAGCUUGGGGCAAUGGCAGCUAUGUAA